AGGAGCCGCUGAGCAUGGCCUCCAAGCCUGAGAAGAGAGUGGCCUCUUCUGUUUUCAUCACCCUGUCUCCCCCACGACGUGACGUGGCUGUGACUGAAGAUGUGGGCCAGGCAGCUUGUGAAGCCAGACAUGCCCGGCCCUGGGAGACCCCUGCUCCCAUGAAGAUCCCCGGGGCUGGCUUGAACAGGAAACCCACCACUUGGACACCCUCUGGCAGAACUACUGCCUCGAUCCCUGCAGCCCCACCCCAGCUUGCCAAUGGAGGAUGCUCUCUCCCACCUCCUUCCCUGAAUGAUGAGGACCUAGACCUCCUCCCACCCCCUCCCCCACCCCCCUCGGCCUACCUGCCUCUCCCAGAAGAGGGGCCGCCUGCCCUGGCGGGGUCAUCACUCAUUUCCGACUUGGAGCAACUACAUCUGCCCCCGCCCCCACCUCCAGACCUGCCACAGGCUCCACCGAAGGGAUCUUCUGUCAGGCCUCUGCCCAGUCACCUCAAACCCACGGAAGAGGAGCUACCUCCUCCUCCAGAAGAGCCUGUCACUUUUCCAGAGAAAGAGGCAUCCACAGAUGUCUGUGGCUUCUGUCACAAGCCUGUGUCCCCUCGAGAGCUGGCUGUUGAGGCCAUGAAGAGGCAGUACCAUGCCCAGUGCUUCACCUGUCGGACUUGCCGCCGCCAGCUAGCUGGGCAGAAAUUCUAUCAGAAGGAUGGACGGCCCCUGUGCGAGCCCUGCUACCAGGACACUCUGGAGAAGUGUGGCAAGUGUGGAGAGGUGGUCCGAGACCAUGUCAUCCGGGCCCUGGGCAAGGCCUUCCACCCACCCUGCUUCACCUGUGUGACCUGUGCCCGGUGCAUCGGAGAUGAGAGCUUCGCGCUGGACAACCAGAACCAGGUGUACUGCUUGGAUGACUUCUACAGGAAAUUUGCCCCCAUGUGCAGCAUCUGUAAGAAUCCCAUCAUCCCCCAGGACGGGAAAGACACCUUCAAAAUUGAGUGCAUGGGAAAGAACUUCCAUGAGAACUGCUACCGUUGUGAGGCCUGCAGUGUCCUCCUGUCUGUGGAGCCCACCGACCAGGGCUGCUACCCCCUGAAUGACCACCUCUUCUGCAAGCCCUGCCAUAUGAAGAGGAGCGCUGCAGGGUGCUGCUGAGAAGCCCCUGGCCAGCCCCCGUUGGUUUCCCUACCUGACCUUCCUUGCAUGCUUCCUUUCCUUUCCUUUUGAGCCUCACUGGACACCAGCGCAUUGCUCAGUGCACAGCGUCUAGACACAAGGGCCUGAGACCCUGGGGCUUGCACCCUGCCCCCCCCAUACACAGCACCCUCCAGACUUUCAACUCUUCUGUCUCCUCCAACCACAAGGCCUCUCACCAUGGGACUGCGACCCUGGUCCCUCUCUGGUGCUGGCCCUGACCUGUUCGUGGGGACAGGUCUAGGCUAUGUCUCUGACCAUGAUGCUUAGCUGUCCAGCAGAAGAUAGUGAGACCAGCUUAGUGCAUUGAGCUGAGCUGUUUGAAGUGUGCCUGCUCAGUUACUAGAAAGUAUAUUUUCAAAAUUUAGAAAUGUAUGGGGGGCCUGGGCACAGAGGCAGGCGGAUCUCCGUGAAUUUGAGGUCAGCCUGGUCUACAAGGCUAGUUCCAGGAAAGCCAAGGCUGUCCAACAAAACCCUAUCUUGGAAAAAAAAAUAGAAAAAAAAAAAAAAAACCAAAAAAACCCAAAAUCUUGGCUGGAGAAGGGUUCAUUUCCCAGCAUCUUCAUGGAGGCUCCUAAGUACCUCACUUGCAACUCCAAGUCUAGGAGAUCUGGUGCCCUCUACUGGCUUCUUCAGGUACCAACAUGCACACAGUCCACAUAUACUCAAGCAAGCACACAUACACGACAAAAAAUAAAUCUUUAGUCAGGUGUAGUGGCAUAUGCCUUUAAUCCCAGCACUUGGGAGGCGAAGGCAGUUGAGUCUCUGCAUUUGAAGGCAGCCAGGGCUACACAGUGAAAUGCUGUGGUUUGUUUUAAGUGGCUGGGUUUGGCAGUCCACAUCUAUGGAUCCUAUUGUUUGAGAGAAAACUACCAGAAGCUUGAGGCCUGCUAGGUCUUUGUAAAAUUCCAGAUCAGCCUCAGCUCCAUUCAGAGACUGUGUCAAAAAAAAACAAAACAAAACAAAAAAAAAACCAAAACAAAAAACCAUAAAUGCAUAGGAACACAAUGCAGUGAUCACUCAGCCUUCACACCUGCUGACGUGGCCAGCAGCCUCCUUCUGCUUCUUGGCCCUCCUGUGUGCUUUUGUGAGAGUCCACAGACAUGGAUUAAGUGCCUUUGAUUUGCUAGGGAACAAGGGUGGGCUGAACCUUUCCUACAACCUUCACUGGGGCUGAGGACUGCCCAGGUUUUCUCCUCCCCUCCUCCAGGAUAAGACCAGGGAAGGACAUAUCCCUUUGGUUUCCCAUUUAUACCUCCCAACCAACCCCCACUUUAGGCCCUGCAGCCGGGCUGCCCAUAACCACCGCCUCCAUGAGGCUACACCUAGAGUAUUGUUCCUUUUAAAUUUACUUUAGGCCUGGCAAGAUGACUCAGCUGGUAAAGGUGCUUGCCACCAAGCCUGAUGACUUGAGUUCCAUCCCUGGGACCCACACUGAAGGAGAGAACCGUUCCCCAUAGGUUGUCCUCUGGUUUACACGUGCAUGCCACAGAUACACAUUUGUGCACACAUGCACAUACAAGUAAUAGUAAUAGAAAUAGAAUGUAAAAUAGGAAAAAAUCACUUUUAUGCUUUGUAAUUUCUAAGAUGCACAUAGAACAAAUUAAACAUGUUUUACUUUCUUG